GCUCGUGGCGAGGUGACGAGGAAGAGAACUGAGGAACGGACUGGCAGUUCGAGCCUGGACUCGGAACGAGGAGAAUAAACCCUGAACACUCUCACGUUGUUGUCUUGUUGUAGGUCCGGGAGAGAUUUAACUGGCGCAGUCGACAGGAUCCCGACAGGAUCCCCGACAGGAUCACCCAGCGUCACGCUCCUGGCAGGACAGGUGGGCAGAGUGUUCCGGACAUCCUACGUCACUACUCGGACCACUCCGAAGGAGCGGCAGCUUGGCGGGUCGGACUUCUGGCCUACCGAGCUAAGGCAACGGCAACCACCGUGGGCUGCGUGGCAUCGGCUGCAGCAGAAUUCUUGCAGUGGAGGACAGGUGGCGUGUCCAGGGACGGGUGAGAACCUCAAUUGAUUUUCUCCCGAAGGACCAGGUCAAUGGUGACGACGAGGGGGAUGGAAAGGGCAGAACAGGGUAGGGACCUCGCGCCGGAUGGGGCACAGCAGACUCCAUUGUCUCCUGGACAUAUGGAAGGGGUGACCGACUCUGAGCAGGACAGCAUGCGCGGAGACCCUGUGAGGCAGAGUAGUGGUGAGAUGGUGAAGGCGACCGCUGAUCUGGGGGCGGAUCGAAGGGACUUGGAGGCGCUUAGGUUACAGAUUGAGUUGCAAAGGUUAAGGUUGGCGACAGUGCAGACAGAGGUGCAGGCUCGUGGGGAAAGCGCGGCUGGAGGUACGCGAAGGCGCAUGGGCGAGUACGCAGCAGAACUACGGGCUACCUUGCCCCCGAUGCCCGAUCUGGAUGCCUUGGUGCCAGCAUGGUUUCGGAGUGCUGACGCGUUAUGUAAUUCCCUGGAAAUCCCUGAGUCUGUGCAGGGCGCUGUGAUCCUCCCUUUCUUGAAUGAGCGGAUGCGAGCUUUCGUGGCUUCCCAGACGGCCACAGAAAUCCUAACCUAUGGGCAGUUGAAGACGUUAAUUCUUAAAGAGUUAAGGCUAACGGCGAACACGUACAAGCGGUUAUUUAACAGCGCUACGAAGACUACGGACGAGUCUUGGAAUCAGUUUGCCACUAGAGUAGAGACGUUGUUGAGGUAUUACUUGGACAGUCGAGGCGUUCAGACGCUGGAUGACCUCAGGAAACUGAUGAUAUCAGACAGACUGAGGGAGGAAAUGUCUGAGGAAAUGCAAAGGUUUGUUUUGCAGGGUGAAGUAAAUCAGUGGUUACGUCCUAGGGAACUGGUUUCAGCCGCAGAAAAUUUCGAGGAGUCGUGGCAGGAUGUAGUUGAUGCGAGAAGACGCGGUGGGGUCACGCGAGAUUAUCAGAACGGCCAUGUUAGUGGGGACAGGGAUACUGCACGACCACGUAGGACAGGGGACAGUGACGAUGGGAACCCGAGACGCUGUUUCCAUUGCGGGAGGUCCGGCCACAUGCGUAGGGCUUGCCCAGAGCUUCAGCGGGGAUCGGAGGGGCAACGGUCUGUAUCCCGAGCGGAUGGUCCACGGAGGUUAGUCGCAAAGGUCGGGUUCCAGGGUACAGACGGAACAGUGCGGGAUCGUGCGGACUGGGUGGACAUUGCCAUAGAAGGUAGAGCGGUCACAGCCAGAGUAGACUCCGGCGCGGAUGUAACGGUGGUGCACCCGAGAGAUGUACCAGCGAAGUGUUGGGCACAAGCGGGGGGUGUUGUACAGUUAAAGGGUGCUUUCGGAGCUCCGGUUGAGGCAGAACUGCGAUAUUUGGAUAUCGCGCUGAAAGGGGAGAAUAGGGGAGUGGGAGUUUCUCCUCAGUGUAGGAUCUUAUGUGCGAUUACCAGUGAGUUGUCGGAUGACGUCGGUGCCCUGAUCACGCCUCAAGAUUACGAAGAGCUCACCAGGGCGGUCCGAAGAGCCAAAUCUGAAGCGGAAGAGAUGUUCACUAUAGAACGCCAGGUGGAUGCAGGUGCAGGGAUGACCACGAUGGGUGAGCACGUAGAAUUGGAAGACAGCGUAGCGGAGGAGUCAAGGGAAGCCGGCGCAGUUGUAGGAGCAAACAGUGUAGGGGUAGCGGGCGAAUGUGCAGAACCCUCAGAUUUACAGUUUGCCAGGGAGCAACGGGAAGACACGUCCCUUUCGGACGCGUGGGAUCAGGCCCGAAGCAAGACCCAUGGCAUGCUCAUUGGGAAUGGAGUGCUCUUUCAUAUGGAAGAUGUCAAUGGUAAAAGACAAAUGCAACUUGUUCUACCACAGUCUCGGAGGGAGACAGUCUUAGAGUUAGCGCAUGACCGGCCGAUUGGAGGCCAUUUAUCAGGAAAGAAAACGCGAGCCCGAAUAAGGAGUUCCUUCUAUUGGCCAACGCUAGUAGCAGAUGCGAACAAAUAUUGCGCGAGCUGUCAUAUGUGUCAGACGUUUGCCCACCCCCGCGUAUCGGAUCGUGUUCCAAUCACCCCGCUCACCAGACCGGAACUACCGUUUCAAAUCGUGUACAUAGACUGCAUAGGCCCGCUGGAACCGGCAUCCGCGAGAGGUCAUCGUUACGCCUUGUGCUUAGUAGACCUCUGCACACGUUGGGCAGAAGUGAUUCCUCUUAGAGCAUUAACAGCAAAAGCGUACGACCCAUGGCGGUACGUCAAAGCAGCUGAAGGGUACGAAGUACUGGACACAGAACGAGCUAGGCUCAAGCUUGAAAAUACGGUACGGUGGCGUUGUGACAACUGCAAGAUGGAAAAUCGAAGGCCGCGGGGUAAUGCCAGGAUCGUGAGGUGGUUGGACGGAAGCAUGUCAGUACAUUUGAGUUCCGAGAUAUUUCAUGUCCACAAGCAGUCAGAUUUUAGAGAGGGAAUAGGUCUGGAAGGAUAGAAAUACUCCAUUACCAGGCUCAGGCAGUUUCAGGUGGGCGCCGAUCGAGCGCGAGGCAUGCGCAGUCGUGCGGGCACCCGGGCGGCUGGACACUUGGGUAUUCGGGGAAAGGACAAUGUAGCUGCAGAUUUCUUGUCGAGGUCGUGCACUUGAUCGGGCCGAAGGUUGGAGAAACGUAUGCAGUGGUCGAGGGUUCAAUUGUGGGAAAUAACGUGUGCUCCCUGCUCGGGACGGUUGCGGGAUUUUAGUAUAACGUUAAUGUCAACUGUGUUUUGCUUUUGCUUCUUGGGGUUUAACUUUAUGUACAUUAUAUACUGGUCGUUCGUGGAACGUAUCAGUUGAGGUGCUAACCGGUUCAGGGUCAAGUCCGCCGUGUCUCGUGCGCCUCAUGUGUAUUCGCCAGCCUUCACCAGCACGCAUGAAACGUGGACACGGUUUCAUACUCGAAAGGAGGGAGGUGUCAUGUUGUCAGCUCCGGGAAACAGCAACGACGACGAGGCAUUGGCAUCGACGGACUGCUCGUGGCGAGGUGACGAGGAAGAGAACUGAGGAACGGACUGGCAGUUCGAGCCUGCACUCUUAAAAAUGAACUUCACCGCAUAGCACGCUCCUGUCCAACCAUUAUCUCGAAUGAUAUCGUUAUCUGCCCUGAUUUGUUGAAAACGGUAGGCGUACGCCUUUUCUGUGACACUUAUGCUGUUCAUAAUUGUCACAGAAAAGGCGUACGCCUCCCGUUUUCGACAAAUCAGGGCACAUAACGAUAUCACUCGAGAUUAUGGUUGGCUAAGAACGUGCUAUGCGGUGAAAUUCAUUUUUAAGAGUGUGGACUCGGAACGAGGAGAAUAAACCCUGAACACUCUCACGUUGUUGUCUUGUUGUAGGUCCGGGAGAGAUUUAACUCAUACAUUGCUUAGAAUAGGGAAAUCGUGUUUCGUACCUGUCACCUCGCAGGCGAAAAGUAGACGCAGUCUCGGGGUUUUUACAUUAUGCAUCAUCUUCACCAGCUCGCUUGCUUCCUAGCCAUUUUUUCUCUGUCACUGGUGUUCAUAAUGUCGGUUCAUGCAAUUGGUAUUGUGUUGGGAGACUGGGAGGUACCCGGGUUCGAAUCCCGGUGCCGGCUGUGCUGUCUGGCGUUUUUCCUGGGUUUUCCUCAGACGCUUUCAGACAUAUGUCGGCACAGUUCCCCUAGAAGACGGCCCAGGACGCACAUUUCCCCAGGGCGUCAGUCGUGACGUUGCCCACAUACGUGAGGCCGACAACGGCAAGCCCUUUCACCAUCACCACCACCUGGUAUUGUUUUGUGCUCGUGAUUUUUGUUAUUUUUGUUGUUGUUGUGCGCGGAAUAUGAUAGUCACGUCUUUUAUUGUGUGCAUCAUAAUUGUUCAUGCCGGUAGGUGUAAGCUACCCGUUCUUGUUCUUUUCGUUUUUUUUUUCGCGGAUGACGUACAAAUGUAAGCUGCAACAUCGAUGACUUCACGUACGAGUUACGUUAGGCACCAAAGGAAACAUCUUAAAGUCAGCAUGUAUAAGUUUCCAUGUUGUGCGUCUGGAUGCAAUGCGAGGCGUUUUCUUCACAUUCCGUUUUCUCUUCUCAGUGCCUAAGAAAUCGUGCUCUUAACGAGCAUCAUCUGCAGGCUCCAACGAUUUCCAGUAUGGAGGAGACUGAAUCAUUCCUUCUUGAAGAACUGCAGGUACCGAGAGAAUAACACAGCAUAUAAGAUAUAAUUUUCACCUGUAGGUAAGCUUUGUGCUGAGAUUACGUGAAUGAAGCCAUGCGUGCUUGCUUGUGGCUACAGAUAUAGCUACAGAACUAGCAUGUAAUAUAUAAUUGGGGCCUUGUAAAAUUUACAUCAACCUGUUCUAAUGCAACAACAGGGAAGCCUGUUGCUACAACAGACAAUACCGGUUAUAUCAACAGUCCCUGUAAAUUUCGUGAAACGGUCAUAUGUAAAUAUUAACAGGACUCCUGGACUAUAUUUUUUCAGCACUUUCCUGUUAAAACAACAGAGAAAUUUUUCUCAGUGUAGUGCGACUCAAUGGGAUCCCUGUUUUUUGUGUACACUCCUAGAUGAUCUGGAGCAUGAGUUCUGCGUAAUCCGUUUUGUGUAAGUUUUGC